AUCAAAUAUGUUGGUUUCUAUGCCUUUUUACAUCAAAUCCCGUCAUAUUGACUUUUUAACUGGGCUAUUAAAGUAACUGUCCGCUUCUCAACAUGGCUUUGAGGUGUUUUCCAUAUCGACCACACGAUUACGUGUACGAUCCUAUUUUCACUGUAUCUGGACCAGUGGACCAUUACAAGGCAGCAGUAAUCGCAAAAAUGUCUACGGCCAAAUUCCAAAUCUGUCCGAUCUUCCCCAACAUGUUCUCCGACUUACCCAACCACCCAAGGGUCCAACUGGUGCCCAGGAAGUCCCGUCCCAUCCCGCCGUAUACGGAAAAAUCCUCGCGUCCUCCACGGGAUCCAGCUCUGGUGAGAACCGUGGACGUCGCGGGAGCGGACAGGGCGAAGUUCUUCUGCCCCAUCAUCAACUUUCCGCCUAAGGACGCCCUUCCCUACAUGCGCUUCCCCACCUUCACCAUUGAGAAGUACGAGAAACUGAAGAGCAAGAUGCCGCGCGGUACUACUAACGUCAAGGUGGAGACCAAGUUCAGGGAGUCUGAGGCGCAGACAAUACCCUGGGAACCCCCGUGCGUGGUGAUCGGACAGGGCGACCCAGAGAUACUGAAACUCGAUUUUCUAAAAUUUGGAAGCGGUUUACCUGCUGCUAUGCACGAGGUGCAACUGAUUGAAAGAGCCAGGAUGAAAGCAUCGUGGGAAAAAACUAUGAAACCAAACCCUGAUGAUGAGAACAGUCUAGCUCAUUAUAGGGACUAUAUGGAGGCCCUAGAAAGGGACGAGUGGGCCUUUAGAGAAAGGGAAAUUCAAGAUGUCCAAAACUUGCGGAUGGAGCUACUCGAAAAUAUGUUGGAGGAAAUUCUCCAGAAGUCAAACCAGAGGGCUGACAUGAAGUUGCAUAAUUUCAUCGCUAUUAAGCAAGCUGAGAAGGAAGAGCAAAUUGCCAAAAUAAGGAAAAAAACUGCACGAGAACUGAGGAAGCUAAAUGCUCACAGAAGGGGCAUGGUAUCGAAGUAUCAUGAAGUCAACAUCAUCGACGAGCACGCUGAUAAGAAAUCCGAACUGUACGCUCCUCUUAUCCGACAUGGCGAACACCCGAAACGUUGGCACCAAGUUAUCGACGAAAGGUUGAAGAAAUACAGGGCCCAAUUCAUAGGUGUAGAACAGUUUAGCACUUUACCGAGGUGGCUCGACCAGGCAACGAAGAUUAACAAACACUACUUACCAUCGAAAGCCACUGGAACGAAACUAUGCAUAAAAGAAACCAAAUGGACUGCGCCUGUACUCAAGCUGCUCCAGGAAGAGAUGAAGAGCUUCCGAAAGGAGACGGAGAAGCAGCCUGUGCUCCUGAGAAGAAAAGUAGGGAAAGCGCCUAGCGCCGUGCCUACUCCCGAAGUCGAGGGUGUUACAGAAAUGGAAGAAGAGGAGUACCAGUCGGUUAUUCUUCUGCAGAGCAUCAUCAGAGGUCGUGCCACCCAAAUGAUGAUUUACGAAGGUAGAGAUACGUGUAAAGAGCUUAUACAAGAGUUGAGGUAUACAGUAGGUUUCCUGAAAAAAGAGAAAGAGUUAAGGAGGAAAGAAAAACUCAGGGUAAAGGCGCAGCAAAGGGAAGAAUUGGUGCAGAGGGACAUGGUGCUAAGACUCGAAGGUACGCUGGGCAGACUCCAGGGGUCUAUAGUGGGCACCCUCUUGGACUUUCUCAACAAGGAGCUACGGCGACUUUUGGAGGAGCGAAAGGCCCACGCCAUGUGCUUGGUGAACGAGAGAGAGCGUUACGUCAGGGAAGCAGCGGAAGCGGGAAGGAGACAGAAGGAAUUGAGGAGGAGAAGGGAGCACGAUGAGAUGUUCAGGCAGAUCGUCAAGGUGACUCAGGACUCUGUGGACAUGUACCUGCAAGAUAUAAUCACGGAGGGGAUGGAGUUUGCCUCUAAGGAGGAGGCGAGGGAAUACGUUACGAAGCUGGCAGAUAGGAUCGAGAGAGAGACAAACGAGGCUUAUGAAGCAUCUAAAAGUAUUUCUGUAGACCAGCAGGAUGAAAUAAUAGCAGACAUGGUCCAUCAUUUUGUAGUGCCCGAGGUACAAAAAAAUUUGAUCCGAAACAGGAUCCGCCAACAGCAGAGGGAGAACUUGAAAACCAUUCACAACACAAUCUACUCCAAAUUCGAGGAUCUACCUAAAAUAGAGUAUUCUAAGCCAACUUCUCCACAAUCGUCCACCGAGGCGACUACACCAACUACCACCGAGAGUAAAGCAGAGGAAAUGGACGUAAGAGAAUCAGACUUCAUCGGCCGCUAUCAGGAUCCCUACGAUCUCUACCUUACUAAGCUUGCAGAGCAGCAACGAGAGGGUGACGAUUACGGGGACAAUUGCUACACUUUCAAAAUGACAAAGGCUGAUGAUAAGAACGAUUUAGCCCUUAGACUCGACGAUCUUGAUACGAUAACAGAGGUGGAUAGCGAGAGCACCUCCGUUAAUCCUCCGGCUAAUACUGAAGGAAGCAGUGAAGAGAUUGAUUAAUAAAAGCUUUGUUUUAAA